GGCACCACGCAUGCUACUGGCUAACGUUGCUAUCAUAGUAAUAUUACCAAAUGUCCUAGUUCGUUUGGAUGUGUUUUACACGUCUGUUUACUACACAGGCUAUAAUGAAAUCUGGAUAGUUGACAUCUUGUGUGAACUUAAACGGAUGUCGUAAUGCGAUAAAGUUGUUUUGAAUGUCGAGUGCUGUGCACAGUUUGCAUUUAAAAAGUUUGUAUCUAAAAAUGUAAUACAGUUGGGUUUUUUCAGUGCGAAGAUCGAUUUAGUCCUUCAGCAUGUACUCGGAGUACCAGGAGAGAGAGGAGUACGAGGACGAGCUGUACAAGGACGAAGAUGGCUCCAGCAGCUCAGAAGUGGAUAGUGAGCUGGAAUUCAGACUUUACAGCCAGCUGCACUAUUGCAGCAGCUCGGGACAGCAGGAGAACCGGAAGGGACAGCAGGAGAACCGGAAGGAACAGCAGGAGAACCGGAAGGAACAGCAGGAGAACCGGAAGGGACUAGAGGGGAACCGGAAGGGACAGCAGGAGAAUCGGCAGCAGCAGGCGGUCAUUGUCAUUGAUUCAGGCCCAGAGGUUGUCACUCUCUCAGACAGCACUGAAGAUGAAGAGGGGGUUUGUAUGUCUAAGGGCUUGAAGUCACAGCCUCCAGGCUUUGCUUAUGCCAGGCGUCUGCCCCCGCAGUCCACCCCCCGGGACCUUUCAGUAGACAAAGCCCCGGGUGGGACUUCCUGGGUGAACUCCAUCAUCACAUUGGGGUCAGAUUCUGAUUUGACCCUGGACUCGGAUUCUGACGACCUGGAGAACUGGAUGAUCCUGGGCCAGAAUAAACGGGAAGGAGACUGUAGGAUACAGCUCAACCUGGAAGGCAUGGGGAACAGUAGCCCCACAGAGGAUGGUGAUGAUACCAGCCAGAUCUGGACCAUUUCAAAGAGAGACAUAAUGGCUCAGAUCAGUAACCGGAGGCCGGGGGCACGGUACACGACCAACCGCUAUUAUAAUGACAAAACUGUUACCUGCCGCAGCUGCAACAAGUUGGGACACCUGUCAAAAAACUGUCGACAGCCCAAGCUCCCAUCCUGCUUGCUGUGUGGCAAUCAGGGCCACUUCCAGCAAAAAUGUCCGCGCCGACAUUGUGCCAACUGCGGCCGGCCUGGUCACGGCUACAAAGACUGCGUGGAGCGCGCCUCCUGGACCAAGCAGUGCUACCGCUGUGCAAUGCCCGGGCAUUUCCACGACGAGUGUCCAGAGAUCUGGAGGCAGUAUCACCUCACGACGAAGACAGGCCCUCCAGUAAAGCCAGACAGAGAAGCUCCCCCUCGGAGCCCAGCAUACUGUUACAACUGCUCCCGCAAAGGCCAUUUCGGCUUCGAAUGCAAGGAGCGGAGAAUGUUUAAUGGAACCUACCCCACGGCCCCCUGCAUCUACUACUACGACACGGAGAAAGAUAUCUGUUGUCGUAACAAGCGAAUGGCAAAGAAGGUGCAAGACUUGCAGGAAACUGGAUUAUUGGUACAAAGCCAACCCGACCAGACUUUGACUGUGGGCGGGGAAGAAGAGGACCAACCGAGGAAGAAGAGGAAACUCACCAAAGGAUUGGUGAGGAAACAACACAAGGACAAGAAGGCAUCUACCCAGGGUAAGAGUGAGCAGAAGGAGGCAGGUCAGGAGAAGAAGGCCGGGAAGCGGCACCACCUGCUGUCUAAGCCGUGGCAGCAGAAGCGCAAGGAGCGCCGGCAGCAGAAGAAGCAGCGGAGAGGGUGGGCGGCCCAGCAGCCGGCUGCACCGCGUGACCCCGAGGACUUCCCACGGGGCCCCAAGAAGAGGACAGGGACCCCCAUGUCAGCUCACAAGGGCAAAGGCACCCCGGGCUUAUUUAACCAUGCCGACAAAGGGCUGAAGGGCAGGCAGCGAAGGCCAAGAGGGAGGGACAGGAAGCCGGAAAACCUGUAUCCCACCGACGAGAACCUCUUCCUUAUCAAGCAGAGGCGCAAGAAGUAGCAUCAUCAGUGGAAUGCCGAUGAGGAAGCUUGGUCUUGUUCCAUGCAGCCACUUCUGGUUUUUACAGGGCAUUCUGUGGUUUCUGAGCGCCCUAGCAUCCCUAGUGCUCACCACCGAGCUAACAUCGACCGUAAGCACUCUAUAGCUGACUGCUGACUUCGGCUUGAAAUCGUCAGAUUUAUGUACAAACUGUUUGUUUCUCGGUUUUGGCACUGUCGUCAAAGGACGUGCGCUGUGUGUCUGUGUUCCCACAAUGCGGAGAAGGUGAUGUUUGAGGCGGAAGAAAAGACCCUGAUUUUGAUCGAAAAGUGGGAGGGAGUUGGGUUUUUACACCCCAUACCCCUUGGUAAUAUAGAAAAUUGCCUGAUGGCCAAAUGAUCACCUGUGGAUCAACCAGGAGAUCUAAAAUUUUGAGGUUCAUGUUGGAAUUGAGGCUUGACGCGACCUAUUUUGAAAAGAAAAAAAAAAGGCAUAUUUAACUCCUUUAAUUAAAACACCAUUUUGAAAA